GUGCUGAGAGGAGAGGAGUGGCUCUGAUCUUGGUUACGCUGAAUAGUUACCGUAUUUGAUCCUCAGAGGGUUUCUGCAGACAUGGAGCUUCUACCACUUCUGUUCUGCUGUUUCCUGACUUUGUCCGGACUGACGUUUGGUGCUGAAUCCGGCUCACGUGUGAUUGUGACGGAAGAUGGCAAUGCACUUUUAAGCUGCUCCCUCAACAACAUGAACAUUAAGCCAAUGCUCUUUGACUGGAGAAAAGACAAGGAUAGGCUGCAGGUGUUUAUGUAUGAUGAUGGUACUCUUCAUAAUAAGGGCCCUCCAAAUCAAGCAGAGCAGUUCAAAGGUCGAGUUUCACAUUUUCCUGAAGAACUGCAGCACGGCAACGCCUCCAUAAGAAUUGAAAACACUAAGGUGGCUGACAGCGGAAACUAUACCUGUGAAUUUCCACGUAUCCAGCCAGAAAAAAUAUUCCACAUUGAGCUUAUUGUUGAGCCCAUAUUAAAGGACAGAACAGAUGAAAAAAUCCCAGGGGCAGCUCCAAAGCCAAUAGUCAGACAGCUUAAUCAAAAUGGUCUUCUCCAGUGUGAUGUUGAUGGUGCUUUCCCAAAACCCACAGUAGAGUGGAUGGAUAGUGCUAAUCAAACACUUCUAUCUGAGGAGCCAGUGGCUGCACCAAAAGGAGAUCGCUUCUAUAUCACCCUCAAAACUACUGUGUCCAAAUCUGGACUCUAUCGCUGUGUCUCUACACAGAAGGGAAUCUGGCAUCGGAGUUCUACCGAGACCUUUGUGAACAAAGAGCCGGAGGGAGCAUCCCAAGGGUAUUCUGGAUGGUGGGUUGCUGCUGCUGUGAUUUUUGGUCUUCUGUUCCUUUGUGUUGUUAUUGUUCUUUUUGUCAGAAGGUACCGCUAAUCUGUUUUAAAGGUAGGUACUUAAUGUAUCAAAAUGGUUAAAACACAGAAAAGCAACCAAUUCUGUUGAUUUUUUUUUCUUUCUACCAAAUGAAGAAACUCUUUGGGGAAAAAACCCAACAUGAACUAACUACUUUUAAUGAGAAAGUAAAUGACCUUUGACCAGACCCCUGUUCCAAUUAACAUUCUAAAAAUCUCAGUACUAGCUAUGAACAUUUUUUGUUGAAACACUCAUACUACUGUAGCCAAAAAAAAAACUUUCAGAAAAAAAUAACUAAAUAUAUUGCCCUUCACAAAUAUUCUUAGAGUAAUGAAUGUCUUGGACCCAGGUUUCUCAGUUUUUGAGAGUUCAUCAUUCCUUUUGGUUGAAAAAAUUAUUUAUCUUCAGGCUGUAUUUUUUUAGUCUCAGUUAUGGCAUUACUUCCUUGUACUUAUGGUUUUUGUAAUCUAUGCUGACCCACAGCCGUACCUUCUAAUUAUUCAAGUCGUUCCAUUAAAACUAGCACAAGUGUUUUGUUAACUGAAUUGUCUGUGAAGGUUCUCAGUCAUCCAGGUCGUGGCAAUUUAAGGAGCUACGAAAGAAAAGCAUCUGGACUUGUUGAAGUUUCUUCAUUCACCUCUCAUCCAAGAAGCUUCUUCAGUUCUAAGAGCAACUGGUGGAGAGUCUCAGAUUUUUGAGUCCUGGGAGUGGCCCUAAGAGGGUCGUGGACCCACUAUUGAUCCUCUGCCUAAUCACACUAGCCAAGAUGUGAAAACGGGUGUGGAUCACAAUCAGCCGAGGUUUCGGGUGAACCCAUUGUGACAAGACGAGACUCAGCUGUACAUCUCCAUCUAAAGGUCAAAGGUCACUCUUUCGAGGAUGCCAAUGUUCACAUUUUGGACAGAGAGGACAGAUGGUUUGAAAGAGGAGUGAAAGAAGCAUCUAUGUCCACUGUGAGCGGCCAUCU